AUGUAAAAUAAUAGAAAUCAAAAUAAUCAAAAUAAUUAGAAUAAUUAGAAUAAUCAAGGAAAAAACAAUAAGAAAAGAAGCAAAGGAUAAUAAUAAUAACAUUAAUAAUAAAAAUAAUAUUAAUAAUCUAAGUAAUCUACUUCAUAAUAAUAAUAUCAAUAAUAACCUGUUCAAUAAUUAUCAAGAAACACAAAAGGAAGAGAAUUUAGAAGAAUAAAACAGGAAAGGAUUGAAAGAGCAAAUUAAAGAAAGCUAGAAAAAUAAAAUUAAGAAUAAUUUUUUACUUGGUUCUCCUCAAUUUCAAACAAUACUCCAACAAUUCACUAGAUUGUAUCUUACUUUUAAGAUCUAGAAAAUCUAGAUAACUUAGAAAAUUUCUUUUCUAAUUUAAGAAUACAUGCAAAUUAAUGUGAAUCUUACAUGAUUUUAAUGAGAAUUUUAGGAGAAUCUCCAUAUUAACAAUAUACAGAUUUGAUUCUUAGAAGCUAAAGUUUUAACACUCAAAUUACAGAGAAAUGCACUUUACUUUUAAUAUAUUAGAACUCUAUUUAGUAUAUGAAUUAAGAAUUGGAAAUAAUGUACAAAUUAUUUUCGAAUUUAAAACUUAAUGAUUAUACAACUUUAAAGUAAUCUAGUAUCUCUAGUUUAUAUAACCUUAUGAAAAUCAUAGAUCUAUAUAACCCACAACUUUAAUAAUAAGCUAGUAAGACUCUUACAAAUUUUGAUAAUUUUUAAAAAAAAAUAUAUUCAACUGCUAAAUUAUUAGAAUGGAAAUAAACUCCUAAUUAUCCAAUAGCAUUAGAAUUUUUCUCAUAUAAUAAGACACCUAAUUAAUUAUUUGGAAAAUUGGAAAUUCUUCCUAAAGAAAAUAUUACAUUUGAUAGAUAUAUUGAUUAUCAUUAUAACUUAAUAAGAGAGGAUUAUAUUUUAGAGUUAAGAGAUGCAAUUAUUAGUUUAAAUGAAUCAGGAUUUGAAUGUAUUGAUAAAGAAAAAACAAAUAACAUAGGUUUAUAUUAAAAUAUUGAAUUAUUAUCAGUGGGAAUGAAUAAUUUUGAUAUAAUUUGGAGGAUUUAAGUUGAAUAAUUUAAUAUGGAUGGCAGAAAAUAAAAGCAUAUUAAUUGGGCAAAAUCAAAAAAACUAGCCUCUGGAACAUUAAUCUGUUUAACUAAUAUAGAAUGCUAUCCUUUAAUUUUUGGAAUUAUAACAAAAAGAGAUGAAAAAUAAUUUUAAUAUAAAAAUGGAAAAAUACAAUUAGAAUUUAGAUUUCUUGAUUAAAAUACAUCAGUUAUGCAAUUAUUAAAUUUAUUUUCAUAAAAAACAAUACUAAUGUAAUAUGAAGGUCUGAUUGAUCCAAUACUUUAUUAUUUAGAAGCAUUAAAAUAAAAAGUGAGUUUGCCAUUUUAAAAAAUGAUAAUUGAAAAUAAAAAUGAAGUAAGUUAUCCUACAUAUUUAAAUAAAAAUUAUCAUUUUGAUCUAGAUCUCUCAUAUAAUAAUAGAUAUUAAGGGAUUAAAUUUAAUAUAUUUUAACAACCAUGGCCUUAAUUAAAUACUUCAAUGGAUUAAUCCUAAGUAAGUGCAAUUAAAUUAAUGCUUCAAAAAGAAGUGGCUUUAGUUUAAGGUCCUCCAGGAACAGGUAAAACAUAUUGUGGAGCUCUUGCUGUAAGAUUAUUAUAUGAAAAUUUGCAGAAAAAUGAUUUUCCUAUAUUAAUAGUUUGUUAUACAAAUCAUGCUUUGGAUUAAUUUCUUGAGCAUAUUUUAAAAUUUGUUCCAAUUGAAGAAGUGGCAAGAUUGGGUGGAGCUUCCAAAAACCCAUUAUUAGAAUAAUGUCAAAUUAAAUCUAGAUAGAAAGUUGAAUUUGAGUUUAGAGAUUUCAAUAAGUUGAAGAAGGAGAUAAGUACAAUAAUUCAAAGAAUGUUAAAUUAUGACUAUAAAAUUAGACCAUAAGAUAUUGAAAAAUAUUGGCCAGAGCUUUACAAUUCAAUUAUAUCAAAUUUUUUUUAGGAUAAUGAUUUAGAUCAAGAUUAUUAUAUUGAAGAAAAUGGAGAUGAAUUAUUAGUGAAAUAUUGGAUUAAUUAAUAAAAGCCUGAAGAAAAUGUAAUUGUAUAAGGUUAUUUAAAUGGAAUGCAUAAAUAUUUUAAAAUGGAAGAGUUCUAUAGAAAACCUUAAGAAUUUGUAAACUUAUAAAAAACUCCUGGUUUAAUAUAAGUAUAACAUGAUAGUUCAGAUGAGGAUUUGGAUGAAUAUUUAGAUUCAGAAGAUGAAGCAAUUUAUCAUUAAAAUGGAUAGAGGGAAUUUAAGUUUGAUUCACUUGGUAUAGAUUAGGCUAUUAAACAUUUUAAUGAAACUCAUUAGAAUUAAAAUUUAUUACAUUAUUAAUAUUAGACGAUUGAAAAUAUAAAAGGUUAUCUUAAUAUGUAAAAUAGUAAUCCUUGGAAAUUAAAUGAAAUUGAUAUUAGAGAAAUAUUAAUAUAUUUAGAAUGCCUUAAAUAUUAAAAUGAUAGCAUUAAAUUUGCUAAGUUAUAUAAAUAAUUUAUUGAAUAAUCUAAUAUACUUAAAGAUUUAUAUGAUGAAAAUGAAGUUCAAAUAUUAAAUAGUAUGAAAAUUGUUGGUGUAACAGUAACAGGUGUAGCUAAAUAAACAAAUAAAUUAUAAAAAUUAAAUUCUAAAAUUAUGGUUAUUGAAGAAGCUGCAGAAGUUUUAGAAUCUCAUGUAGCAAGUAUUUUAACUUCAAAUUUAUAACAUUUAAUUUUAAUUGGAGAUCAUUAGUAAUUAAAACCAUCAAUAAAAAAUUAUUAUUUAUAAGAGAAAUUUAAAGCAAAUGUAUCAUUAUUUGAAAGAUUAUUUUUGAAUAAAAUCCCAAGUGUUACAUUGACUUAAUAAAGAAGAAUGAAAACUAAGUUUGCAGAUUUUAUACGUUUAAUUUAUGGAGAAUCUUAUUAAGAUCAUCCUGAUAUUUAGAAAUAAAAUUAAAUUGAAAUUCUAGGUUUAGAGAAAGAUCUAGUUUUUUUUAAUCAUAAAUGGCUUGAGGCUUAAGAUGAAAAAUCUAAAGAAAAUAAAUAAGAAGCUUAAAUGAUUUUUUAAAUGAUACAAUAUCUUUUAAAAUGUGGUCAUUAAUAAACUUCAAUUAGUGUUCUUUCAUUAUAUUUAAAAUAGGCCUAAGCUUUAAAAAGAUAAUUCUAAAAUGCUGGGUAAAACAAAAUUAAAGUAUAAACAGUUGAUAAUUAUUAAGGAGAAGAAAAUGAUAUUGUGAUAAUAUCUUUAGUGAGAAAUAAUAAUUAUAAUAAUUUAGGAUAUAUAAAAAUAGAUAAUAGAAUUAAUGUAGCAUUAUCAAGAGCAAGAUUAGGUUUAUAUGUAUUUGGAAAUUUUGAUUUUAUUUUCAAUUCUUCAACUCCUGGUAGUACAUGGUAAAAAAUGAUACUAUUGGCUAAGAGUAAGAAUUGUUUGAAUGAUUAUAUAAACACAAAAUGUAUACCUCAUGGAAACUUGUAAACAAUAAGAUAACCAGGAGAUUGGAGUAAAAUUAAACCUAAACUUUGUAAUAAAAAAUGUUUAAAGAUUUUUUCAAAUUGUAAUCAUUUAUGCAAUAAGGAUUGUCAUAUUAGUGAAAUUCAUCCAGCAGAUUCUUGUCCAUUUUAAUGUGAUAGAAUAAUUGAUUGUGGACAUAAAUGUAAAUUAUUAUGUAGAGAUAAAUGUAAAUGCAAUGAGAUGAUUGACUUAAAUUUACCUUGUAAUCACAAAGUAAGGGCACUUUGUGGUACAGAUCCAUUAAGUUAAAAAUGCUAAGAAAAACAAGAAAUUUAAUUUUCUAAAUGCACUCAUAUAACAAAUUUUAUAUGUUAUGAAAGAGAGAAAUAUAUAUAUAAAUGUUAAUAAAUAUGCCAAAAGAAACUAUUAUGUGGUCAUAUUUGUAAUAAAAUAUGUUCAGUUGAUUGUGGAAUUUGUGUAUAAGAAUGUAUAAAAGUACGUCCAUGUGGACAUAAGAAUAAAUGCAAAAAUUUAUGUUUUUAAGAUUGUUCCCCUUGUGAUACUCCAGUUGAAAAUAAAUUAAAAUGUGGACAUAAAACAAAAUUUCCUUGUUUUUCUUAAAAAUAAGACAUAUUAACAUAUAAUUGUUAAGAACCAUGUAUAAAAAAGAGAUAAUGUGGUCAUGACGAAUAAAAAUGUCAGAAUAAAUGCCAUGAAUAAUGCUCUCCUUGUUAAUAGUAGGUCUCAAGAAAAUUAAAAUGUGGACAUGAAAUAGAUGUGAGAUGCCAUGAUGCUGAUCUUAUCGUUUAAAAUUUCAAAUGCUUAUCAAAAUGUCAAAAACCAAGAUAAUGUGGACAUAAUUAUGAAUGUAAUAAUUAGUGUCAUUAAAAAUGUUCACCUUGUUUAUAAAAGAUAGUAAAAAAACUUACCUGUGGUCAUUAAAUUGAAAUAGAAUGUUGUAAAGUUAAUGAAGUAUAAUAGUGUAAAUAAGAGUGUAUAAAACCAAGGGUAUGUAAACAUGUUUAAAAAUGUAAAAAUUUAUGUUUUGAAUAAUGUUCACCUUGUGAAUAAGUAAUUGAACAUACUUUCGAAUGUAGUCAUAAACAUAAUUUUUAUUGUCAUUCAUAUAACAAGUCAAUUAUUAAUUUCAAAUGUGAUUAACCUUGUCUAUUAAAAAGAUCAUGUGGACAUACAUCUCCAUGUUUAUCAAAAUGUUAUUAAAAGAAAUGUUCUCCUUGUUUAGAAUUGAUACAAAAAAAACUUGAUUGUGGUCACAUUAUAGAUAUAAAGUGUUAUGAAUAAAAUGAAAAGUAAAAAUGCCAAAAACCUUGCAAUAGAAUUAGAAAUUGUGGUCAUAUCUUUCCAUGUAAAAGAUUAUGCUUUGAAACAUGUGAUCCUUGUUAAUAGGAUGUUCUUAAGCCUUUAAAUUGUGGUCAUUAGUAAUUAAUUAAAUGCAAUAUAAAAUCUGAAAAUAUUAUUUGCAAACAAGACUGUAUAAAAAGUAGGUAAUGUGGACAUUAAUAUCAAUGCACUAAUUUAUGUUAUUAAGAAUGUACACCUUGUAAAUAGAUACUUUAAUAAAAAUUAAAUUGUGGACAUAUGAUAGAGGUUGAAUGUUGUUAAUCUAAAAAGAUAUAAUUAGAUUAUUAAUGUCAAUAAUAAUGUAUUAGACGUAGAGAUUGUGGUCAUGAUUUUCCUUGUUUUAAUAUGUGUUUCAAAAAAGAUGAUUGCACUCCUUGUCAAUUUAAAACUUAUUAAACUUUGGAUUGUGGCCAUUAAUUUUUAAUACUUUGUUAUUAAAAAGCAUAAAAAAUAAAAGUAUUAUGUGAUUAAUCUUGCAAUAAAAAAAGACCUUGUGGACAUAACACAAUUUGCAAUAAUAAAUGUUAUGAGCCUUGUUCUCUAUGCUAUGAAUAAUGUGAGAUUACAUUACAAUGCGGUCACAAAAGAAUGGUUAAUUGUUAUUAAAAAAAUGAUUUAAGUUUCUUGAAAGAACUUAAAUGUAUGUUUCCAUGUAAUAAAAUUUAACCUUGUGGUCACAAUUAGAUUUGCACAAAAAAAUGUUAUUAAUAAUGUGAUCCAUGUUAAGUAGAAGUAAAACUACCUCUUAAGUGUGGCCAUCUUUAAAAAGCUAUUUGUUAUUAGAACCCAGAUACGAUAGAAUGUCUUAAUAUUUGUAAAUUAAAAUUAAAUUGUGGUCAUCCAUGUAAAUCAAAAUGUGGAAAAGUAUGUUAAAAAUGUGAGGAACCAAUCCUUAAAAUAUUUCCACAAUGCUAACAUCAAAUAUUAAUCAAAUGCUAUGAGAAUUAAUAGCAAUUAGUUUGUAGAUAAUAGAUUCCUUACAUAUAUAGUUGUGGUAAACACACUAUAUAAGUUGCAUGUUUUUCAGCAUCAAAAUAAAGCCCUAAAUGCUAAAAAUGCAAUGAUUGCAUUAUUUUCUGA